AAGCCCUCGUCGUAAUCUCACUCUCAAAUUUCAUCACUAUCAAAUUUACUCUCUCUUUCCCUCCCUGUCUCCCUCCUCAAGCUCUCGCUGUCCACCAAUGGCUCGUAUUCAGAGAGUUAUACCGUUUUCUUUGGUGCUUAUAACUUUAAUGUUGGGCUUCUCAGAAGCUAAAGAUGUUCUUAUUGGUGGUAAAACAGAUGCUUGGAAAAUCCCAUCUUCUCAAUCUGAUUCUCUCAACAAAUGGGCCGAAACUGCUCGUUUUCAAAUUGGAGAUUCUCUUGUGUGGAAGUAUGACAGUCAAAAGGAUUCAGUUUUACAAGUGACUAGAGAGGCUUAUCUAAGCUGCAAUACCUCAAACCCAAUUGAAGAGUACAAAGAUGGGAACACUAAAGUGAAGCUCGACAGAUCAGGGCCAUUCUAUUUUAUUAGUGGAGCAGAAGGGCAUUGCGAGAAGGGCCAGAAGAUAAUUGUCGUAGUUUUAUCAACAAGGAACAGGAUCACUGCUAUUUCUCCAGCUCCUUCGCCGGCAGAGUUUGAGUUUGAGGGUCCUGCAGUUGCCCCUACAAGCAGUGCCACAAGCUUAAAAGGAAGCUUGGUGGUUGCACUAGGGAUUUUGCUUUGGGCUUUGUUUUGAUAAAAACAUAAUUGGGUUGGAAGAUUUAUAGUAAUAGAUUUUGAACUUUAUGGAAGGGAAAUUUGUUUUUUCCUUCUUCAUUCAUUUAUUUAUUUUGGGUCUCGAUUGUGUAGAGGUUCAGCUGAUAUUUAAUAUAUGCUAUUCGUUUUAUUCUUCUA